AUGGCCGAAUCCGCACCAGCCGUUGUCGCAACCCCUAAGCACGAUGUCGAGGCCGUGCCAAAGCAGCGGAAGACCGCUGCAGCGAUCCAUUAUCCGUUUUGGUUCGGUGGAAGUGCAGCCUCAAUGGCUGCGGUAGUCACUCAUCCUCUAGACCUAGUCAAGGUCCGCCUGCAAACCCGCUCUGCCUCUGCUCCUAAAACCACCCUGAGCACCUUCGCAUAUGUCUUUCGCAACCAGGGUCUAUUAGGCCUUUACGCAGGUCUCUCGGCCGCUCUUCUGCGCCAAAUGACUUACUCGACCGUCCGCUUUGGCGUGUACGAAGACCUCAAGUCACGAUUCGCAGUCCAGCCAACACCCUCAAAUCCUAAGCCACAACAGUCUAUGUUGAAUCUCAUUCUCAUGUCGUCAGCCGCAGGACUCUUGGGUGGAAUAGCCGGCAACCCUGGGGACGUGCUCAACGUGCGGAUGCAAUCCGACGCCUCCAAACCCCCCCACCUUCAGCGGAACUACAACCACGCACUCAACGGCCUGGUACGAAUGAUCCGUGAAGAGGGUGCCCUUUCCAUAUUCCGCGGCGUGACCGCGAAUUCCACCCGAGCAUUGCUCAUGAAUGCCUCGCAGCUGGCGAGCUACGACGUGUUCAAAUCCGCAUGUCUUAACACUUUAGGAAUGGCCGACACACUUAGCACCCACUUCUGCGCCUCGUUAGCUGCAGGAUUCGUUGCAACUACAAUAUGUUCCCCAGUGGAUGUGAUCAAGACGCGGAUAAUGUCCGCAGGGGGAAAGAUGUCGAUAUUUGAGAUCCUGACGCAGGCCAGUCAGAAGGAAGGGCUCUUGUGGAUGUUACGCGGCUGGGUUCCCAGCUUCAUGCGCCUAGGUCCGCAGACGAUAUGCACGAUGGUCUUCUUCGAACAACACAAGAAAUGGUAUCGGAGAUUAAAGGGGAUCGAAGAAUGA